AUGAAGGAAGAAUAUUUUGAAGAGGAUCCCAAGUUUUUCAAUAAAAAAUUAAGACCAAAAAAUUUGGAUGAAAUUUUAAAAUUUUUAAAAGAAAAGUUCAUAUUAAAUGAUGAGGAUAAAAUAGUAUUGAUUACAUCAGGUGGUACUAAAGUACCACUAGAAAAAAUCGAGAUAAGAAAUAUUGAUAAUUUUUCUACUGGUAAAAGAGGAACUUUAAUAUGUGAAUAUUUUUUGAAAAUAAAUAAGAAAGUAAUAUUUUUACAUAGAAAAGGUUCAUAUAUACCUUUUGAAUAUCAUUUAAAAGAUUUAGCAAAAAUGGAAAAUUUAAAAGUUGAAGAAAAUAAUAUUAGAUUUAAUUUAAAAAAAGAAAAUGAAACAAAUAUUUUAAUAGAUAAUUUGCAAAAUUAUAAAAUGUAUUAUAAUAACCUUUUUCUAAUUUCAUAUGAUACUAUAUUUGAAUAUGGUUUUUAUUUAAUAGAAAUUAGUAAUUUAUUAAAUCAACAUAUGAUAAACAAAUAUCAAAAUACUUUUUUAUUAAAAAAUAUAUAUCAUAAAUUAAAACAAGAACAAAAUAUAAAUAAUUUAUUAUUAUAUGAAAUUUUUUAUUCAACAAAUAAUAUAUUAAAUGAUAUGCUAUUAUUUUUUUCGUCAAUACAAAAUAAGAAAUGUUCUGAAAUUAUUACACAUCAAAAUCAAUCUUACAAAUUAUAUUAUAAAUUAUUGUUAUUCUUAAACUUGCGUUUUGGUGUAUAUUCAAAUAACAAAUUUUUUAUAAACAUACAGCUCUUUUUUAAAUAUAUUUUUUCUUUAUUAAGUAAUAUUAUACAAAUGAAAGAAAACUAUAAUAUACAACAGGAGGAUAUACAAAAUAUAGUCUAUUAUAUACAAUUGCUUAUAAAAAAUUUUAACUCGGAAGUACAUCAUGAUAAUAUAAAAGAAGAAGAAAUGGUACAAAAUAAUAUGAACAGUAAUAAUAUAAAUGAAAAAAAGAACCAAAAUAAUAUGAACAGCAAUAAAAUAAAUGAACAAAUGAACCAAAAUAAUAUGAACAGC